CAUGGCUUUCCUGGGGAAUGGGAACCUCACUGCAGUGACACAGUUCAUUUUACUUGGCUUAACAGAUGACCCAGUCCUUCGAAUCAUCCUCUUCAUCAUCAUCCUAUGCAUCUAUCUGGUGACCCUAUCUGGAAACCUCAGCACAAUCCUUCUAAUCAGAGUCUCUCCUCAGCUCCAUCACCCCAUGUACUUUUUUCUGAGUCACUUGGCUUCUACUGACAUUGGCUACUCAUCUUCUGUCACACCCAAUAUGCUUGUCAAUUUCCUGGUGGAGAGAAAUACAAUCUCCUAUAUCGGAUGUGCCAUUCAGCUGGGUUCGGCUGUUUUCUUUGGGACAGUUGAGUGCUACUUACUGGCUGUCAUGGCUUAUGACCGCUUUGUGGCAAUUUGUAGCCCACUGCUUUACUCAACAAAGAUGUCCACACAGGUGUGUGACCAGUUGCUUGUAGUAGCUUACCUAGGUGGGUUUCUUAAUGCUUCCUCUUAUACUUUUUCCUUCUUUUCAUUUGUCUUCUGUGGACCAAGUAGAAUUAAUCAUUUUUUCUGUGAUUUUACUCCUCUAGUCGAACUCUCUUGUUCUGAUAACCAUGUCUAUGUAGUUCUUGAUACCAUUUCUGUUGGCAUCGCCAUUGUGGUGACAGUGUUUGUCAUUGCCAUCUCUUACAUCUAUAUCCUCAUCACCAUCCUGAAGAUGCGCUCCACUGAGGGACGCCGCAAAGCCUUCUCCACCUGCACCUCCCACCUCACUGCAGUCACUCUGUUCUAUGGGACUGUCACAUUCAUUUAUGUGAUGCCUAAGUCCACCUAUUCCACUGAUCAGAACAAGGUGGUGUCUGUGUUCUACAUGGUGGUAGUCCCAAUGCUGAACCCCAUCAUCUACAGUCUGAGGAAUAAUGAGAUUAAGGGUGCUCUGAAGGCACAGCUUAGCAGGAAAAUGUUUUCUUAA